GCGACCCCUACGAGUAGGUAUGGGUGGGUAUGAAGGGUUGUGGUGGAGUAUGGGUAGUAAGAUCGUGGUACGGGUAAAGGUAGGGGUCAAGGGUGUGGAAUUGGAGAACUAUGUGAAAAAAUUGAUGAACAUGUUUUCAAAUUUGAAAAUGGAAAACUAAAAAAUAGAAACAGAAAAUUGGAGAUAGAAAAACUGAAAAAUAAAAACAGAAAAUUGGAGAAUGAAAAACAGAAGUAGAAAACAAGAAAAUAUCUCUGUUAGUAAACAGGCCCUAAGCUUUUUUUAGGUGCAAAUAACAUUAACUUGAAAACAUUUCAUAAUUGCAGUAUAUGUUGAUGACUUAAACAUUAUUGGAACUCUCGAUGAAAUUGAAAAUACUGUAAAUUAUCUUAUGAAAGAAUUUGAAAUGAAAGAUCUCGGGAGAACCAAAUUUUGUCUCGGACUUCAAAUUGAUCAUUUGAAGAAUGGAAUUUUCAUCCACCAAUCCAAUUACACCGAGAAAGUGUUGAAGAGAUUCUAUAUGGACAAAGCUCAUCCUUUGACUUCACCAAUGGUCAUUCGAUCUCUCAACAUACACGAUGGUCCAUUCCGUCCCCGAGAAGACGACGAAGAAAUACUCGGUCCUGAAGUACCAUAUCUGAGUGCUAUCGGAGCUCUAAUGUAUUUAGCCAAUAAUACUAGACCAGAUAUCGCAUUUUCUGUAAAUUUAUUAGCUAGGUACAGCUCAUGUCCAACAAGGCAUCAUUGGAACGUGAUCAAGCACAUAUUCUGUUAUCUCCGUGGUAUAACUGAUCUCGGCCUAUUCUACCACAAAGAUGAAAAGGCCGCUUUAAUCGGAUAUGCAGACGCUGGAUAUUUAUCUGAUCCUCAAAAGGCGAAAUCACAAACCGGGUACGUAUUUACUUAUGGUAACACCGCAAUCUCGUGGAGAUCUAUGAAACAGACGUUGACAGCGGAAGAGAAUGUGUGUGGCUGAGAUCAAUGAUUCAACACAUCCAAAAUGAAUGCGGUAUGAAGCCUAUUACUCUUUACCCUACUGUGAUCUACGAAGUAACACUGCGUGCAUAGCUCAAAUUAAAGAAGGCUACAUCAAAGGAGAUAGAACGAAGCACAUCUCACCAAAAUUCUUCUGUACUCACGACCUUGAGAAAGAAGGAACAAUCAACAUUCAACAAAUCCAAUCUAGCGAAAAUCCAGCUGAUCUUUUCACCAAAUCAUUACCCCCGAAGAAGUUCACAGAACUUGUACAGAAAAUCGGCAUGCGCCGUCUUCAAAAUUUAUGUUAAUUUCAGGGGGAGUAUUUGAAUGCACUGCACUCUUUUUCCUUCAUCAGGUUUUUAUCCCACUGGGUUUUUCCUGAUAAGGUUUUUAACGAGACAGUACAUCCAAAUACAAUGACAUUAUAUGUCGUAAUUUUUACCCCUUAAUUUUCACACUCAUUUUCACAAUAAGAUAACAAAUACAUAUUCAUCAAGGAUGAACAUUCAAGGGGAGUGUUGUAAAACCAUCAAAUUGACAAGUGUGAAUUAUUCAUCCUUGUCACUAGGACACCAAGAUGUUCCUGAUCCUUGUAACCUAGUUAGAAUAGGUGGCUCAAUUUGUUAUUGCCACCAAAUCUGUAGACUCAUCAUUUAGGUGACUAAUCAUCAAGCUCAAACACUAUAAAUAGGAGCUUGAUGAAGUCUUGUAAAUUAAUUCAGAAACUCAAAAAUUUCAGAGAUUAAGAAGAAGUUAUUUAGAGCUUAUUUAUAAUGUAUCUAUUGUGAGAAUAAAUAUGGAAACCUAAUUAAUGGUAUUAAUUACACUAUUAUCUAUCUCUUUAAUCUGUUCUUGAUCUUCUUCAUUAUAUUUUGUUAAAAAAAAAAAUUGAACAAAAUAGUGACGCUCGUUAAAAUGUGAUACCCCCACAAACAGGCAACAGCACGUGGAAAAAGCAAAUGGAGGAAUUCUGGAAAGUCAUUACUCUCUCCUCGCCUUUCCCCCCUCCCCCAGCAAACGCCGUCGGCUUCCGUACUACAACCCUCCAGGAAUUUCUACCUCUCUCGACGGAGUACGGCGGUGGGGCCAGUAAUUGUCAUCCGGCGACUGACCUGUUCGUGACCAGUAACGCCCCGGCGUUUGUUUCGUCAGAUGCCGUCAACUGUGCUGCAAUUCCUCCUCCUCCUCUUCCCAGUCGUCGGCUUCAUCCCGUCUCAAGAAAACGAGGAGGAGCUGGAAGCGACGCCGACCGCCGCUACGAACAACGGCUGAUUAAGAAUAGAGAGUCUGCCGAACGUUCUCGUGCCAAAAAACAGGUCAAACUCCUUUUUUUAGCUUCUUGAGAUUGAGUAAGAAAUCCCUCUUCUUUUUUUUUUUUAGUUUUAUGUGCAUCCGUAAUAGAUUUACAAUAUUGCAUUGGAUGUAGAUCCCCGAUUCUGCUAGCUAAUAAAGAAUAAUGGAAGUGGUAUGCAACUUUUUCCCCAAAAAAAGUAUACUGAUUUGCUCGCUACCAUUUAUGAGGCUUACCGAGAGGAGCUGGAGAUAAAGGUGGAACAUCUGAAGAAAGAGAACGCGGAGCUCAAAAGACAGAAGCAGCUGAAUGUUGUUAGGGUUCCCCCGGUUGUGCCGCCCCAAAAGAAGAAGCUCUCCAGAAGUUUGACACUUUGACAGCACCGGCCAUAUUUGGGACCUGCUCAUCCAUCCAUCAUUUUUUUGUUGGAAGAAAACUCAACUCAAACGAUAAUUAUAUUAUUGUGAGGUCAAAUCAACCCAUUAGGUAGGUAGCUUAGCUAGGAGAAGUGUACUAACUGAGUUGCGCUUUUGCGCGCACCCAAUGAAUGUAUAUUCAUCUUUCACUUUCUCUGUAGCAGCACAUCCAUCAUGUUUUUUGCUCCCAAAUCAAUGCACUUCUUUAAUGUGGUUAUGAAUACGUACAGCAUGUAUAGUACAUGCAAGCUGUUUGGUGCGGUGUGUGGGCCCAGUGGCGUAUCCCGGAAUUGUUGUGAAUGCC